CGCGGCCAUGAGGCUGCUGCGCGCCCUGCUGCGCGGCGCCUCCGCGGGCAGCGCCUCCCCAGUCAGCAUCCCGCAGCAGGUGGACUUCUACUCCCGCUUCUCCCCUUCGCCGCUCUCCAUGAAGCAGUUCCUGGACUUCGCUGGCAGCACGCAGCCUGCUGAGGCAUAGCCGACGGGAGAAACGCUUAACCUCAGCCGGCCCCGAGGAGCUGAAACGGCCAUCGCUCCCCCCCAGCCCCAUGUCUGUGCCCUGCAAAAACACCUUACCCGAAUGUCGUUGCUUUAGAAGAUGUGCGAGAGGAGGAGCAGGACGCAAACACCAAGAGCCAUGCCGGAGGACUGGGAAUCUAGCCUUCAAAAUGAGUAAAUCGGAGUUGCCUGUGAGAUUGGCAAACAUAAUGAAGGAAAUAAGCCUGCUUCCAGACAACCUCCUAAGAACACCUUCAGUUCAGCUGGUGCAGAGCUGGUAUGUCCAAAGCCUUCAGGAGAUCCUUGACUUUAAGGACAAAAGCUCAGAAGAUUCAGGGGCUGUUCAUAGUUUUACAGAUACUGUGAUAAAAAUCCGGAAUCGACACAAUGAUGUAAUUCCUACGAUGGCUCAAGGAGUAAUAGAGUACAAGGAAAGCUUUGGCAUUGAUCCAGUGACCUCACAGAAUGUGCAGUAUUUUUUAGACCGUUUCUACAUGAGUCGCAUUUCAAUUAGAAUGCUCCUUAAUCAACACUCGUUACUGUUUGGUGGGAAAAUUAAUCCAGCUCAUCCAAAACAUAUUGGAAGCAUUGAUCCUACCUGCAAUGUUGUUGAAGUUAUUAAAGAUGGCUAUGAAAGUGCCAAGAGUCUUUGUGAUUUAUAUUACAUGAGCUCUCCCGAACUCAUCCUUGAAGAGCUGAAUGCUAAAUCAACAGGACAGCCCAUGCAAGUGGUGUAUGUGCCAUCACAUCUCUAUCACAUGGUUUUCGAGCUUUUCAAGAAUGCAAUGAGAGCCACCAUGGAACAUAACGCUGAUCGAUGCAUUUAUCCGCCAAUUCAUGUACACGUCACGUUGGGAAAUGAGGAUUUAACUGUGAAGAUGAGUGAUCGUGGUGGAGGUGUUCCUAUGAGGAAAAUCGACAGACUGUUUAACUACAUGUAUUCAACAGCACCACGUCCACGUGUUGAGACGUCACGAGCUACACCUUUGGCUGGAUUUGGUUAUGGCUUACCUAUUUCACGCCUGUAUGCACAGUACUUCCAAGGAGACCUGAAACUGUAUUCCUUAGAAGGCUAUGGUACAGAUGCAGUUAUUUACAUAAAGGCCUUAUCAACAGAAUCAAUUGAAAGACUUCCUGUAUAUAACAAAGCAGCCUGGAAACAUUAUAAAGCAAACCACGAAGCAGAUGAUUGGUGCGUGCCAAGCAGUGAGCCAAAGGACAUGACCACUUUCCGCAGUAUAUAGCGUUUUCCUCAACAGUUCAUAAGAAGUAGGUAUGACGGUAAAGGGAAUUUAAAAGACCUGGCUUACACCAAGAUGCUGAGCCACAUUUGAUAUGUGAAAAUAAGUGGAGUAACAGUGGUGUAACUCUUUUUUGGAAUAAAAAAACCCCACAAACAAAACCCAGGAAAAACCCCAAACUGUACACACUUUUAAAUUCUAAGCGAGAAGGUCACACUUAAUUUGUUCCACUUUCUAUUUAUGACUACUUUCAGUAGCUAAAUCAACGGAGCAGUUAAUUUCAGGUUUUAUAGGGACCAAUAUAAUCUCUUUCGUAUCUGGUGAGAAAUGUAUUAAUUCAUGUAACUACAAAAUUGUUUUAAUAGAAGAACUAUUGAAAGAGCUCACCAGAGCAUUUUUUCAUUAUAGAAUAUUAAUAAAAAACUCAUGCAAGAAAUACUGAGGAGUUCAGUGCUGUACCUUUGCACCUGUAUGGCACUUUCUCUUCUUUUAUCUUAAGCAUGCUGAAGCCUAAUUUUGCAAAGUUAGAUAUGUCGCCUACACACCUUGCCUACAUCAAGGUUUUCUGCAGCUGUAGAAAUCACACUUAGGUCUGUAGGGAUAAAAAAAAAAAAAAAAAGGCAAAAAAAACCCAAUUAAAACAAAAUUCUAGCUGCUACCACUGGUAUAAUGUAUCUCAGGUAUGUGGUAUCAGUCAUAUUUCUUUGGUUGUAAUGUGAAUAUUUAAUACAUGUGAAAAACAUACCUUGCCACGAUCAUUGUGAAUUAGCAAAUAAUGUUGGCUUGUGUACAGUAAAGAUACGCUAUCUUGCAUUUGCUUUUCUUUCUGUAGGUAAUACCAAAACGCAGUAUCACUGUUCUAGCCCUAGUUAAGAUCUCAGACUCUGGGGUACGUCAGGUUACAGCUGUAAAUGGAAACUAUUUUAAUAAACAGAUUUUUUAAAAAUUUGCUCUCAGUAGGGCACCUCUAUUACUUUGACAACAGAAACUGCCUUCUCAGGAGUAUUUACGAAAAAGUGGAAUUAACAGUUUUUGAAAAUACCUUUAUAUUUGUGGUGUGCUUCUGGCCUCGUUUAUGUAAUAACUGGAAGUCACACUGUAGCGUAAAUAAGGUAAGCAGAUGCUGUUUAUCAGUCAAAGGCAAACUGUCAAACCAUUCUGGGGAAGACAGAGAGGGGAAUGGAUAUUACAUUUCAGGUACAAAAUCCUUCUUUUAUUAAAGGAUUCAAUUUCUUUUAGCGCCUAUUGUGCCAGCUUUGUUCAAAUCGUAUACACCUAUGUUGUACCUCGAUCCCUGUCAUUCCUGAACAUUUUAGGAAUGAUGCACUUAAAGACGCUAAAAGCUAAUCCUUUUCUCAGUUAAUUCAGUGCAUGUAAUUCUGUGAUUUUUGCUGUGCAGCAGACAUGCAUAAUCCCUCUCAGAAAGAAUAAGCCUGAAUUUCGCUAGUUUAUUAGCUCUGCACAGAGCAGAAGGUGACACCACAAGUGAAGGCAAGAGCUGGUAUGUUAGAAAUUGAAGUCAUGCUCUUCUAGUUGUAGCUGAGCCAGAUGAAAGGUUAUUAAUUACCUGCUACCUCCCCCCAGCCUACUUACGCCAAACACUAAAAUGGUUUUAUACCCUGGUCAAGCUAAUGUAGGUCACUUUAAUGGGAGUGAUUUACAGAAUGGGCUACAUACACAGACCGACACUGAGGGAGGAUUAGUCUAGUUUAAUUGCCGCCAGAACAGUACAGGUACCUGCUCCACCCAAGCCUGUGGGCACUUUGAGAGGUCCCUGUUUUUCUUUACGAGGAUGUGAGGUGGUGACUGGCAACCUUUCAAUCUGCCUGGCUACAAGCGAGGAGAAGCUGUAACUGUUCUCUUCCUUCGACCCUGGAAAGAGGAUGUAUGUGAGAAAUUCCACACAUUGCCAAACAGGGCCUGUGCAGAAGUUAGAGGGGACGCCUGCAGCUAUUGCUUUUGCUAAGCUAAAGCUGAAAGUUACAGCAAGGGAUUUUAAAAACCUCAACGCUCAACUGUUCAUUCUAGCUUUUAUGCUAAGUUUUAAAUAUUUAACAAGCUUAGUUGAACUGAUUUUCGUAAUAUCUGAGAACUACAAGAGAUGUUUCUGAUGAAAAGCUAGCACAGCUUGUUUUUUAGAAAGUCUAUUGAAGUAUUUUGCGUGGUAUUAUUGAAAUAAAAUCUCUUUCAUGCUCUCAGCUAGCUACUGAUUGAAUUCCAAUUAUUAGAACAACUUCCUGUGUACUUAUAUUUGUAUCUUCUCACCUGCCACCCCAAAUGAUUGUGGUGAAAACAGAAUUGUUGGGUUUUUUUACUUUUUUUUUUUUUACUUUAUGAUGUUUAACCCUACAUAGAUUACUUCUGAUUUAAAUAGAAGUUCAGAAGCUAAUUUUUAUGUUUAAUAUUUUCAUUACUGUAGCAAAAUCACUGCUAGCACACUGGUUAAGUUGAAGUGAAUCACUGUAGAAAAUCAGUAUAACAGCUCAGCUAUCAAAAUGCUGAGAUUAAUAGUUUUGUAUGCAAAUGAGCUCAGUCUUGCACUGUAAAAUUAAUCUUGGUUUGUGUUAAUUUAAUUUUUUGAAGAAUCACUACAUUUAUUCAUUAAAGCUAUUUUAAAAAAUUAA